UCACGGAGAUGACUAAAACACAAGCAGAACGUUGUUAAGUGUCAAUGUUCUUGUAAAAAGGUCUGUGGCCGUCUCAGCCAAUCAGAGCCUCACAAAGGGCAAUUGACAUCGUAGCCCCGCCCCCAGGACACCUGUAAUCCAAUCGCAGGCGCCGUCACAGGGACACGUUGUUUGUUGCCGCUGCCCUCAUCCAAACGUUCGCGGCGGAGUUUUUCCACGCUUAAAGAAGACGGAUCGGAUUUUCAGUCCCAACUAGAAAGUCCAGUUCGACCGACCGAGAUGUCACAGGAGCAUGACAACAAGCGUGCUGUCCUAGUCUUGCAGAAUGACCCCAACUAUGGUGCCCAACGUCGCUCUUUCACCACGGAGGAUGAAGCCUGGAAAUCGUUCCUGGAGAACCCACUUACAGCUGCCACCAAGGCCAUGAUGAGCAUCAACGGGGACGAAGACAGUGCCGCCGCUCUAGGCCUGCUCUACGACUACUACAAGGUGCCCAGGGAAAAAAGAACAAUAGCGCAGAACAAGCCUGAUGCUUUGGUCUCUGAUGUGGAUCCCAACAAAAGACACCAGCUUCAGACGGGACAUCCCAUGCCUUCCCUCUCAGAGACAGGCAUGGAGAACAGGAUUCAGGUCCUCAAGGGGCCCUUCAAUAUUCUCCAGCUAGCCCCGGACAAGAGGACCCAGUUCCCAUCACCAGACACGACCGUCACAGUGUCCAUCGCCGCCCUGCAGAAUUACCCGUCCGUCAAGACGGAGGUGCCUCUCCACGGUUUGACUGUGCCGAGCAGUUGCGCUGAAACUGACAACCAUGUGGGCGUCUUCGACCGCCCUCAGCUCGCCCACAAUUCGGUCCAGUUCAGCCCCGCCACGCAAUCCCGCACGCCCCCGGACUCCACCUUCUCGGAGAGUUUCAAGGACAGUUCCCAGGAGGUCUUCUCCUUCCCGGGCGAUCUGCAGUUACGCAUGUCUUCCAUGACGUCUGACGACUACACUCAGUUUGAGACGGUGCCGGGGAAUAAUUUUGAGUACACACUGGAAGCAUCCAAAUCGCUGCGUCAGAAGACAGGCGACGGGACCAUGACGUAUCUAAACAAGGGACAGUUUUACCCCAUCAUCCUGCGAGAGAUUGACAACAAAGGCCUGCAGCAACCCAUCACCAAAGUCAGGAGUGUAGUGAUGGUCGUGUUUGGAGAGGAGAAGUGCAGAGAUGAUCAGUUAAAGCAUUGGAAGUACUGGCACUCCAGACAGCACACUGCCAAACAAAGGUGUCUUGAUAUUGCCGACUACAAGGAGAGCUUCAACACCAUCAGCAACAUUGAAGAGAUUUCCUACAACGCCAUUUCCUUCACAUGGGACACAAACGAGGAGGCCAAAAUCUUCAUCUCGGUCAACUGUCUCAGCACGGACUUCUCCUCUCAGAAGGGCGUGAAGGGCUUGCCUCUCAACUUGCAGAUUGACACGUACUCCUACAACAAUCGCAGCAACAAACCCAUCCACCGAGCCUACUGCCAGAUUAAAGUGUUCUGCGACAAGGGAGCCGAGAGGAAGAUCCGCGACGAAGAGAGGAAGCAGUCCCGCCGAAAAGGCAAGGUGGUCGACAUCAACCCUGGCCUCUCCUUCGUCGAUGUCAAAGGGCCGCUUCUGCAGAAACGCAACGACGUGACCAUCUUCAAGAUGAUGACGGACAUUGAGACCCAGCCUGUCCUCUUCAUACCUGACAUGCACUUCUCCACCUUCCAACGUCAUCCUUUCGCAGCAGAAGAUGGAGAAGAAAGCUCCGGCAUGAAGAGGUUACCCUUCAGCGAUGACGAGUUUGGGUCGCCGCCCGGCAAGAUGGCCCGAGCAGAGGAACCUAAGAAAGUGCUGCUGUACGUACGUAAGGAGACGGAGGAGGUUUUUGACGCUUUAAUGCUGAAGAAUCCCUCACUGAAAGGCCUGGUGGAUGCUAUUUCAGAGAAGUACAACUUGCCGCUGGACAAAAUUGGAAAAGUAUACAAGAAGUGCAAGAAAGGGAUCCUGGUGCACAUGGAUGACAACAUCAUCAAGCACUACUCCAAUGAAGACACCUUCCAAAUCUCCAUGGAGGAGCUGGGUGGCAUGUACAAGCUCACCCUCAGUGAAAUCUGAUUGGACGACAUGAAACGACAAGGAGAAUGUGGAGGAUAAAUGGUUUACACUAUCCAGUGAUGACGGACUCUUGUAUGAUGUUAUGAUGUUACGUAAAAAAAUGGUAUUUAAAAAAAAAAAAAAAAAAAAAAAAAGCCAUAUAGCUCUUAAGGUGCCACAUUGUUGAUAAGUAUGUGUUGUUUUCCUCCUGAUGAUACUUUAAUUAAUUAUGUGCAAAGCUCCUGUGUGCUUCUGCUGCUAUACCUCAUUGUUUGCAGCAGCAGUUAUGAGUAGAAACAUCUCUUUUAAUCAUAGCACUGACCAUCUGUUAUGUUGAAGAGCGAGUAGAGCUCACAAUAUGAGCAAAACAGGGACGAGGAAGCCCCUCAAUGUUAAAACAACAUGGCAGUAUUUAGCGCGUAAAAUGACCAAUUAGAGUAGCGAUAUGUAAAUGGUUUGAAUUUGUUGCUUGUAAAUGAGAUGGACUCAAAUGUGAAAGCAAGUUCAAUAUUGGCCUCUUUAGUAUUAAAUAGGCUAACUUGUAUCUUCCCUGUAGAUGAAAAAAGUGAUCUGGAGUUGGCAAUAUGGAUUUUAGGUCAUGAAAAAAAGUUGCCAUAAACCAUGAAAUAUGUUGAAUUAAUGAAUGAAAUAUUUUGUACAUAGUAGCCUUUGCAAAACAUGCUUAAAAGGUUGUAUGUCCUCUUUGUAUCGCACUACUUAUUGUGUAUAUAUUUAUUAAGAUAAUGGUUGUGGGAUUUUUUUGCAUUAUACAUUAUAAUUAGAUGUCUUUACUCCUUUUAAUAUGUCUUUUGUAUGGAUUUAUUAAUGUGACAAGAAUGCACUAAGUGCCUAAUAAAAUCACGUCUGCUGUCUUCCCCCAUUGAAACCUUUGAGGGAUAAAUAAAUAGCGGUGACAAAAUGAGGGACUACACUGCUGAAUGUGCAGGAGCAGACGUGUGGGCAUGGGCCCAGGAAGCACAGGAGCGUGUGGAGAAGACGGUCUGUCAGAAGCCAGGACGCAACUUCCUGUGCUGACCCUUUAAAUAUUUUUUUUUUAAAAGGGCUUCCUGUUUUUUUUCUUGCAAGUUGUGCAGUAGAUACAACUAGACAUUGCAUCAGAAAUGAAAUGUUGUUAAGGAACUAUAAUGCUGAUUAAACAAAAUAUUACAUUACAGCACAACAUAGCAAUCAAUGGAUAGCAUGCAAAUAUACAGAAGGCCCCCCAAGAGGCUGUGAGAAUAUUAUAUAUAUAUAUAUUAUAUAUUAUG